AUGAACAAUUUCAAAGUAACUAAUUUAAAAUCUCCGGAAAACGAUAAUGACGCCGUUCACAAGAAAUAUUUACGGGAUCAAAUAAAUUCAAUUGAAGUAAAUAAAAACCAUUUAGAAGAUAAAAUAAGUAAUGUUAAAAGAUUCUUCAAACGUCAACUAAAUAAUAAAAAUGUUAUUAAUGAUACUAAACUGCAACAAGAGGUAAAAGGUUUAAUAAGUUUUAUUCAAAAACAAUUGGUUAACGUAGCGAAUAAAACUGAGUUACAAAAUUUGAUUUCAUUAAUAUCUAAAUUAGGGGAUAAGAUUGCAAAACAAAAAUUAGACAUUCAACAAUUAAUAGAUAACAUUCCAGAUGAAAAUGAAGAUACGUUUCAACAGGAAUUAAAUGCUCUGGAAACUAAACUUAACAGUGAAUAA